AUGGAUGACGGUUGUACUGCUGAAGUUAUUGCCAACCGUGACGAGCCCAUCCCUGUUAUCUCAGUCAACAAAAAUGACGCCAAGUCACAUCGGCAUGGGAGGUCGGAGUCUUUGCAAGACAAGUUGUUCGCCAAGCUUCUGGAGCAAGUCAUUCCCGCAGAAGAUGUAGACAAUGAGUCUGUGUCGGGAGGCGACAAGCGUACGUCUCCAGAUGUUAAGCGGCCAGCGUUUAGCCUUCCUUUGAUGGCUAAUAAUUUUCGUCGCUUCAACGCGAGGAUCGGGAUCGUUUUCCAUUUCCAAAACCGAGUUGAACGUCUGCUAAGCUGGAGGAAAUCCUCCCAUACAUUCUCUUUCCUUUUUAUCUAUUCGUUUAUAUGCCUGGAUCCUAACCUCCUGGUGGUACUUCCCAUUACCGUCAUUUUACUAUUCAUCAUGGUCCCAGCCUUCGCGGCACGUCAUCCACCACCUCCUUCAAUGUCUACUUCCAGCACCACACCCUAUUACUCAUACCAGGGUCCGGCACUUGCGCCUGCAAAGACUAUCAAGCCAGCGUCUGAGACAUCGAAGGACUUUUUCAGAAAUAUGCGUGAUCUCCAGAACGUCAUGGCUGACUUCUCUGAUGUGCAUGAUGCGACUGUCUCGCUCUUUGCACCCAUAACCAACUUCUCGAAUGAAAAGCUCUCAUCCACUGUUUUCCUUAUGCUAACAAUCACUGCUGCGCUACUGUUUCUGACAGCUCAUCUCCUGCCAUGGCGGUUUAUUCUACUACUUGGUGGCAAUGCGGCAGUCCUAUCCAAUCACCCCGGCCUACAAGACUUCUUGCAGAACCUCCUAGGAGACAGUAGCGGUGCUGUGAAAGCCGACGCGCAGGCUGACCGGGCGGAGAAAAAGGAGAUCUUAGACCUGUAUGGGUUGUCGAUGCCAUCGAACCCAUCCGCCGCCGUAUCGUUGCUUGAUUCAUUGGCUGAUAUUUCUCUGGAUUCAUAUCCUGAAGAGCGUGAGGUAGAGAUUUUCGAGAUCCAAAAUCGCUCCCUAGCUCCUUAUUCUGAGUCAGAGUGGGACCAUUUCAUUUUUAGUCCAGUGCCAUAUGACCCGUUGUCACCGUCCCGCAUUGCAGGAGACCGUCCAAGAGGAUGUCGUUUCUUCGAAGACGUUCAGCCUCCACCUGGCUGGGCAUGGAAGACAAAGAAGUGGAAGUUGGACCUUGACUGCCGCGAGUGGGUCGUUGAGCGCAUGAUUACCGGAGUAGGCUUUGAGAUACCCGGGGCUGGCCCAGAAGGAAGCAUGGCCAACGAAGAGAUUGGAGGCUGGGUUUGGGACCUACCUUCUCAAUCCGCGUCCAGAGACGAAGACGCCGUGGCCACUGCCCUAGGGUAUCAAGAUUACGGCUCAACCUCGAAGCCGGCCUCAAUUCAAGAGAAGAAGAAGACGCAGAAAGGUAAGCAGAAGUCGGUCUCUCGAGACUGGGAGGAGCAAGGGCAUUCAGGAUUCAAUGGCAUGGGCGAAUGGCGGAGGAGACGGUGGGUUCGGGUCGUGCAGAGAGUCAGCGUGUCCUCUGAGACCGACAAAGAGAAACCUUCGAACCAAGGGAAAACGUGA